AUGUCAGCAACUAGUAAUCGUCAAUCCAUUCAAUUAGACAAGAAAGAACAUAAUGCUAUUGCGGAACAGUUUCCUAGCGUCCUUGACAACAAAACCCAACAGCUUUUAUUCCCUAUGGUGUUUCCAAAUGUCCGCUACUUUUUUUUUCCAUUUCGUUUUCUUGGUUACUGGAUUAAGCGUAAGAUCUGGGCAGAAGAUUCACAUGCUCCACAAGCAAGAACGCUACUAGACGAUAUUAUCUAUGGUGAAGGUCCACGCUUCCGAGUUGCAACAAAGGAACUCUAUUUUACGGAUAUGCAUGAUAAAAAGGUUGUCAAGUAUUCGCUAGUGACUAGAAAGAGGACGAUUGUGUACGAGGAUUCAGAAGAUAUGUUAUCCGGAUUGGGUUGGCUUCCCGAUGGUCGCUUGCUCAUUUCGUCCAUGAACAAACGACAGGUGAUUGUUCACGACGAGAAGACCAAAGCUACAAAGAUAUACGCAGAUGUAAAACAUGUGACACAGGUUCGAGCUAAUGACAUGGUCGUUGCUAUUGCUGGUCGUGCAUUUGUUGGUAGUUUUGGCUUCCACUUUGCUGACAGCGUGUCAAUAAGAAGCUCUACAAUUAUAAGCGUUGGUACGGACCGUUCUGUUCGUGUGGAAGCUACUGGCGUAGUCUUCCCGAAUGGAAUGGUUAUCACCCCUGAUGGAAAGACGCUUAUUGUUGGCGAAACAUUCGAAGGAAGACUGACAGCGUACGAUAUUGGCGAGGAUGAAAAGCUUUUGAACCGUCGGGUCUGGGCUGACGUUGGCUCUCUCAUCGAUGGCAUUUGUCUCGAUGCAGAAGGUUGCGUCUGGGCCAGCAUUGUCCAGUCUGGUUUGUAUCCAACUGGCGGCGGCUUAGUCCGCGUGAAGGAGGGCGGUGAGAUUACGGAUGUUCUCGGCUUUGGGGCGAACGGGAUCACCAAUUCGGUGUUUGCGUGUCAACUAGGUACAGACGACGACGGUAAGCACCAGCUCUUUUUCAUGGAGGCAGUAACAGCGUAUGAUCACUUGAUCUGGAAGGAUGGACCCGAGGCAGCUAGGAAAAACGGUCUGAUGCGUGCUAUUGAGGUGAAGGUCGGACCCGCACGCAUUCUAGAUAACGACAGUUUGAAAUCCCCAGUAGUGACAGCCGAGUCUACACUGCAGGGAAAACAACCGGUAGAGGAGAAGACAUUGCAGCAAGAAGAAGAAGAAGAACAGGUUCUUGCAGAAGAUUAUACUGCUCUAGGAAUGACAACACUAUGGCCUGACAGCCGACGUUACCUGCGCAGCCUCGUAUUAGGCCGUGAAUGUCGCAAUGUGUUUAACCUCGAGCCCAACACAAUUUUUCUAAACCAGAACGCAUAUGGCGUGGCACCCAAGCCAGUCAUGCAAGCACAAGCUCACUUUGUCAAUAAGAUGGAGAUGAACCCAGAUAGGUUCAUGCGUCGCGAGGCGCCACUGAUGCUGCGCCAGGCAGCAUCACAUAUUGCGAGGUUUAUUCAUGCAGAUGCAGAAGAUGUGGUCUUUGUGACAAAUGCUACUACGGGUAUGAAUGCUGUGCUGCAGUCUCUGGACUUGCAGAAUGACGACGAAGUGCUGUGCCUCAAUCUCACAUAUUCAGCCGUGCUUAAUACGCUCCGUCAUCUUUGUUACUGCACCCAGGAGUUUGUAGAGCUCAAGGUGGUGGAUGUUGUCUUGCCAAUUGAAAGCUAUGACUUGUUAGUUGAGCAAGUAGCGGAUGCAAUCACGUCAAAUACGCGGUUGGCUGUGCUUGAUCAUAUUGCUAGCACCACAGGUUUCGUGCUACCGCUGGAGAAACUUAUUCCAGUUUUUCACGCACGAAAUAUCCCCGUAUUGGUAGACGGUGCCAGCGCCCCUGGCCAGCUACCACUCAACAUAAACGAAUUGGGUGCCGACUUUUACGUGGGUACGGCGUAUAAAUGGUUGUUCGGCUGCAAGUCUUGUUCGUUCCUGCACGUAAGCAAGGCGUACCAAAAUACUGUACGUCCCGUAGUAACGUCACUUGCAUACGGCCAGGGCUUUAUAGAAGAAUUUGCGAUUCAGGGCACACGAGACGAAGCCAAUUUUCUGACCAUUGUAUCCGCACUGGAUUUUUACGAAAGUGUCGGUGUAAGUCGUGUUUACGCACAUAACAAGUCGUUGAUUGACUGGGCAGGCGAGUACUUGGCUACAACAUGGAAGACAAAUGUUUUGCUUCCAAAUUGGCAACGUGCUCCAUUUGUAUGUAAUGUACGUAUACCUGUGGAGUGGCCAAUGACAUUAGAAGGAACGCCAAUGUCCCAUGAUGAAGCAAUCCCGCUGUGUGAUGCAAUUAUGGACUUUCUCGACGAUCAGUACCGUAUUGUAGUGCGUGUCGUGCCGUUUCAGAACCAGCUUUAUGCGCGCAUUAGUGCACAAAUUUACAAUGAACGCAAGGACUAUGAACAACUUGGUCGUGCUAUGGUUGAAGUGACCAACACUCCGACACUGGGUGAUUAUCUUGCACGGAUGCGACUUUAA